GUCACGGCGUGGUCUGCUCGGAAAGCUUUCCAAGCGGAGAGGCUGGAAGGACUGGGGUGUUGGGUCAAAGCGCAGGGCUCGCCUUUUUAUCCUUUGGGCUGCGCUUUGAAAUGGACGAAACCAACCAAAACACCCAAACCCAAUCAAAACUCAAACCAAUUUAGUUCUAAAAAAACAAAAAAUCGACUUCUAAAAGUUGGUUUGUUUUUUUUUUCUUGGGAUUUUGUUAGAUUAAGUUUUUCUUUCCCAAACAAUUACUUUUUCUUGGUUCAUCUGUGCUUUAGGGGGAAAGUCUGUGGCAGCACAGAUAUGGAAAUGAAAUUAUUUUAUCAUAGAUCCUCGACCCACCAACCAACGUGUCAACAAGCAUGUAAAUAAUGACACCUAUCUUCGAGUUCAAAACCUGACCAUCUUAGUCAGAAACAUUAAGACUUACUAUCAGGAGAUCCUCCAGCAGCUAAUUGUAAUGAAUUUACCAAAUGUUUUAAUGAUUGGCAAAGAUCCUCUUUCUGGUAAAAGUAUGGAUGAAAUUAAGAAGCUGCUCCUGUUGGUUCUGGGAUGUGCUGUGCAGUGUGAAAGAAAACAGGAGUUCAUCGAAAGAAUAAAACAACUGGACAUUGAAACUCAAGCUGCGAUUGUGUCACACAUUCAGGAGGUGACUCAGAACCAGGAGAACGUCUUCGACUUGCAGUGGCUGGAGCUGCCAGAUACGGCCCCAGAAGCACUGGAGUCUCUCUCUCGGAAUAUGUUUUUCCACCUCAAGAGGCUCAUUGAUGAGAGAGAUGAAUGCACAGAAGUCAUAGUAGAUCUCACUCAAGAGAGAGAUUAUUUGCAGUCUCAGCAACCACCAAGUCCUUUGAAAGCACCAAGUGCAGAUUCUUCACCAAAUCCAGCCAAUCCAGUUUCCAACGAGGACAAGCAGCACCUUGCAGUUGAGCUGGCAGACACAAAAGCUAGAUUGCGAAGAGUUCGGCAGGAGCUGGAAGAAAAGUCUGAGCAGCUUGUAGAUUCUAAACAUGAAGUUAAGCAGCUCACCCUAGAGCUGCAAAAAAUAAAACAAGAGAAUAUCCACUUGACCUCAGAUGCUCGCUCUGCCCGAGCAUACAGAGAUGAGCUGGACUCUCUGAGAGAGAGGGCAAAUCGUGUGGAGAGGCUUGAGAUGGAGCUCGUUCGGUGCAAAGAGAAACUUCACGAUGUGGAUUUUUACAAAGCUCGUAUGGAGGAGUUGAGAGAGGACAACAUCAUAUUAAUUGAAACAAAGGCCAUGCUCGAAGAACAGCUAACAAUGGCAAGAGCUCGUGGUGAUAAACUGCAUGAAUUAGAGAAGGAGAAUUUGCAGUUGAAAUCCAAACUUCAUGAUGUAGAGCUGGACCGGGACACAGACAAGAAGAGAAUUGAAGAGCUGCUGGAGGAGAACAUGGUGUUGGAGAUUGCACAGAAACAGAGCAUGAAUGAAUCUGUACACCUAGGCUGGGAGCUAGAACAGCUGUCUAAAAGCACAGAUCUUGCAGACACCAGAAAGUCCUUUGUGUUUGAGUUGAAUGAAUGUGCUUCCAGUCGCAUACUGAAGCUAGAGAAGGAUAAUCAGAGCUUGCAGAACACAAUCCAAGAGCUGAGAGAUGCUUCCUUGACCUCCAGAGAGAGCAGCCUAAAGUUCGUGGAACUGGAAAAGGAAAAUCAGCAACUUAGCAAAAAGAUUGAGAAGUUACAAAAUCAAAUUGAAAAAGAGAAGCAAAGCAAUCAAGAUCUGGAGACCUUGAGCGAGGAGCUGAUAAAAGAUAAAGAACAGUUACAAGUCGCCAUGGAGACACUAAAAGCUGACAAAGACAGACAGAUAAAGGACCUUAAACAGGAAAAUGAUCACCUUAAUCAAGUGGUUUUAUCCCUGAGACAAAGAUCUCAAGUGAGUAGCGAGGCAAGAGUAAAGGAUACUGAAAAAGAGAAUAGGAUGCUUCAUGAAACAGUUACAGAGACCAGUAGCAAACUGAGCAAGCUGGAAUUUGAGAAGAAACAAUUGCAAAAGGAUUUUGACCAGGUUAAAGAAAAAGUGGAAAGAGUGGAAGAAAUGGAAAAAGAACUCCAUCGGCUGGAGAGGGAGAAUGAGCAGCUCACAAAGAAAGCAGCAGCAAUGAAAAUAGUGACAGAAAAAGUUGAGGUUCUUGAGCAGGAGAAUGGGAAUCUGGAAGUGGAAAACAGGAAGCUAAGAAAAACCCUGGACACAUUGCAGAAUGUUUCCAUCCGGCUUGGAGACCUGGAAAGGGACAACAAGCAAUUGGAUGAAGAAAAUAUGGAGCUUAGGAGAGUAGUGGAGACCAUGAGAUUUACCAGCACAAAAAUGGCACAAAUAGAAGCUGAAAAUAGGGAUUUAGAGAGGGAGAAAGAAGAACUAAGAAAGAAUGUGGAAACCUUAAAAGCCAUGAGCAAGAAAUCAGAGAGGCUGGAGCUAAGCUAUCAGACUGUCAGCUCUGAAAACCAGAGACUUCAGCAAAUUGUGGACAACAGCAGCAGAAAGGUCCAAGAGUUAGAGAAAGAAAUACAGGGAAUGGAGAGUGAAAAUCAGGUCCUCCAGAGAAAUCUCGAAGAGCUAAAGAUUUCUGCCAAACGAUUAGAGAGGUUAGAAAAGGAGAACAAAGUCCUGGAACAGGAAAUGUCCCAGCUUGAGAAAGAUAAAAAAAUGCUGGAGAAAGAGACCAAACGGCUUUGGCAGCAAGUGGAGCUGAAAGAUGCUAUUUUGGAUGAUAGUACAGUAAAGUUGGCAGCUGCUGAGAAAGAAAACAAGACACUAGAAAAGGAAAUUGCUUGGUUCAGAGAUUCAUCUAAUAAGCUGAAAGAAUUUGAAAAGGACAAUAAAGAUCUCAUGAAGCAAGUUAAAAUUGAUAAAAGAACACUAGCUACAUUGAGAGAGGAUUUGGUCCUGGAAAAACUGAAGAGUCAACAGUUGUCCAGUGAGCUGGACAAAUUGAACCAGGAACUGGAGAAGAUAGGGUUGAACAAAGAACUGCUGCUACAGGAUGACAAUGGCAAUGAUGACAUAAAAUACAAAAUUCUGGAGAGCAAAACUGAAUCAACACUGAAAACAACACUAGCUGUGAAAGAGGAAAAGAUUGCAAUGCUGGAAGCUCAAGUAAAAGACUCCCUGAAUUUGAACCAGCAGUUACAGAAUGAUCUAAAUAUGGUAAAGAAGGACUUUGAUGCACUUAAGCAGAGGCAGCAGGAUGAGCAGUAUGCUCAGAAGUCACUUGGGUGUUCUGCAGAGAAACUUAUUCCCACCCACCAAAUGAAUGAGAAGUCAGAGUCAGGGCAUCGAGAAGCUACCAUGGAGCUGCUGAAACUGAAAGACAGGGCAAUUGAAUUGGAAAGGAAUAAUGCAGCCUUGAAUACUGAGAAGCACCUGCUUAAAGAACAGCUGAAGCAUUUGGAAACACAAAAUGUCUCCUUCAACAGUCAAAUCCUGACACUGCAGAAGCAAAAUGUCUUUCUUCAGGAGCACAACACUGCCCUGCAGACACAGACAGCCAAACUCCAGGUAGAAAAUUCAACCCUCAGCUCCCAGAGCGCUUCACUGAUGGCCCAGAAUACUUUACUCCAAAAUCAGCAGACAGCCAAGGAGAAUGAGAAUGAAAACCUACUGAAACAGAAGGAGCAACUGAAAGCUGAGUAUGAAUCAUUGCUUCAGGACCAUGAGCACCUUGUUUCACUGCAUGAACGACAGUCUGCAGAAUAUGAAAUGCUAAUAAAUCAGCACAGCUGCCUGAAAACAUUACACAAAAACCUGGACCUGGAGCACAAAGGUCUGGGUGAGAGAUACAACAGUUUAAUGAAACACAAGGCAGAGCUGGAAGAGUUGGAAGAAGUUUUAAAAACUGAGAGGGAGGUUCUGCAGCAAGAGAGGAGAUCCAAUGCAAUAACCACUGGGGAAAAUCAGAAGCUGAGGGAGGAACUGGACAGGGUGAAUUUUUUGCACAGCCAACUAAAGGCAGAGUAUGAAGGCUUGCAUUCGCACACUAAAGAGCUGAAAACUUCCUUGAAUAACUCUCAGCUGGAGCUGAAUCGUUGGCAGGCUCGCUAUGAUGAGCUGAAAGAACAGCAUCAGUCCAUGGAUAUCUCUCUGACCAAGCUGGAUAACCACUGUGAGCUGCUGUCCCGACUCAAGGGGAACCUGGAAGAAGAAAACCGUCAUCUCCUAAGUCAGAUUCAGAUGCUCAGCCAGCAGAAUCAGAUGUUACUGGAACAGAACAUCGAGAACAAGGAGCAAUACCACGAAGAACAAAAGCAGUACAUUGAUAAAUUGAAUGCCUUACGGAGACACAAGGAAAAACUUGAGGAGAAGAUAAUGGAUCAGUACAAGUUUUAUGAUCCUACUCCAAAAAAGAAAAACCACUGGAUUGGAGCCAGAGCCUUAGUCAAACUAAUCAAGCCAAAGAAGGAGACUACAAGAGAACGGUUGAAACCAGCAGCAGAAAGCCCCCCGUGGCAUUCUGAACCUGCAGAGACAGUAAACUCUCCAUCUGCCUCUCAAAAACUGAAACAUCAAGAGACUCAGGAAAGUAACUCUCAAGGGUCUAACUCUGUAGAAGAGAGAGAGAACCCUGGAAGUUCUUCAAACAAAGUUCUAACGGACCUAAAGCAGAAGAGGAAUUCCCAUCACGGAGGCAGCAAUGACAGUGUUGAAGUCUCAGCAGACUCUGCAACAAAACACUGCUGUGCAGAACUGGGUCCCAGGACUUACUCAACCUCAGCUAUUCAUGUGCACACUUCCACCCCCAUCUCCAGGCUCCAGAGCAGACCAAAAGGCUGUGAUUCAGAAGAUAAUCUAUGUGAACAGUCCCCUGAGGUAGAGUUCACAAACACCAGACAGCACGUGUCCAGGCCAAACAGUUUGGAGAGUAGUAGAAAUGCUUCCAGCAGUAGUUCACCUCUCAAUUUGAAAGGUUCCUUAGAUCAUAUCCAUGGUAGGACUGAGAGUCUCAGCAGUGAAGAUACAAUGCCAAGUAGAGAGGCACCGGCCUUGCUCCGAGACACCUAUCCUUUCCACUCCGCUUCUGUCUUAAGCCCUAGCAAUAGGCAUGAGUCGUCAAACAGGAAUGGUUUGAUAUCUUAUGAUCCACCUCAUAAAAGUGCUUCAUCCCAGUCUUACACAGGCAGACAACGGUCUGCCUCACCUGGCAGUGAGAUAGUAACUUUGCAGCAGUUCUUGGAAGAGAGCAACAGACUGUCCCCACCAAGCGACACCUCCAGUAACAGAGAUGACUUGCUCAGCGAUUAUUUUAGGAAAGUAAAUGAGCCCUCAACUACUGGGAACCUACUGGUUCAGCCACCGAGAAAGGAGGCUGCUAAGAUGCCCACCGUUGUUGCUCCAGCUGUUAAGAUGACUGUCGCCAAUGAGGAAGGAAGAAUGGCUAAGCCUGGAAAUUACAUGAAACAAAACAUCAGACAAGUUGAACCUGAGCCUCUGGCAAACUCACAAGGGUCCCUUAAGCUUCCUCACACACCACAGCACCAACCUGCCAGUGGGACACGGCAGGUGGCACAGCCUCAGCAGCCUGGAACCUCAAGCAAGAGGAGUACAUCACUGAGCAGGGCAUUUAGCUUGGCUUCUGCAGAUCUGCUUAGAGCCACUGGCCCAGAGACGUGCAGGCAAGAGAGCCCACAGAAGCCAGCAGCAGACCUGUGUGGGGGCAAGGAUGCUGUCAGUCAGACCUCUAGGGUUUCUGUGCCAGUGAGCUCCCAAAUGAUGUUAAGAGAGAGGCCACAGUCUGCAAAGGUGGCAGGUUCCUUCCAAGGCGUUGAUUCCCGUUGUCGGCAGCUUGAUGCAAGGCGCCUUUCCCUGGCCCCACCGAAGGAUGAGAGGCCACUCUCCUUCCAUCAGUUGUCUGCCUCUCCCACUGCAUCUACCAGCAAUCUGAAUGUGCAGCAACAGGAGCAUGUGAGCCCUGGGCAACACUACUCACCUGCACCACACACUCACCCUAAAGUCAAACCCAGACCAGCCCCUCACAUUGGAGAGGUGGCCACAGUGGCCCCUGCCAGAGCUGUGUCCAGCAGCACUGAGAGAAAUGCUUCUCUAGGGCAAGGCCCUAGUGAUGCCCUACUUACCAAGUGUCAGGGUAAGCUGCCAGAAGGCAGUGCAGGGGCUAUGGAGGAGCCCAUGAGAGGAAACAGCUCCAGCAGCACUCCUGGGUCUUCAGACCUCCAGGGGGACCAGCAGACAGUUUGGUAUGAGUAUGGGUGUGUGUAACCUGCAAGCACAACCAGGAUUAUGUGUGUCCAGGUAGCAUUUGGCUAGACUCUGUGCCAGGUCUUAAAUGACAUCGUCUGCAUGAUGUUCUGAGUGUUCUCUGGGUACUGUUCUCUAGGUGCACAAAGAAUGAUUACAAGAAACAAGGAGCAAAAACUCCAGCCCUUCUUUUGACCCUACUGUGCCUAAAAGAAUGCAGAAGCCUGACCUAAUCUCACAGCAGGCUUGGCACUACAUGUGCUGAGGAUUUCCCACUCCAAGAGAAGAUUAGCAGGGCCCUCUGUCAUUGCUGCACUGUGCACCCCUUCUAUUGGCAUUUAAGAAGUUUCACAGAUUGUGUGUAUGCUGAACUGAGCCCCCCCCUGGAUCGAUAAGUAAUUUAACCACACUAAAAAGGUCAUGUAAAAGCCAAACUUCUCCCCCAAAGACACUUGGCAUAAGUAGCCUAAAGAGAAAGCAGAAGAGCAGAAGUGUGUGUCUUUAUGAAAUCAGCUAAUAUCAAUUCUUCUUGCCACAGCCACAUUUUGUAGAGAUAACCUCAAGGGUUACAUCUUUACCUUCCCUGCUGGGGCUAUCUGUAUAUAGAGGCCAGUGUCAUUACCACACUGUCUUCAUUACAGCUGCAGUUCAGUAGAUCCUUGACUCUACAAGCCAAGUGGUAUUGCCUUUUGAAACUUGUUUUAUCUUUUAUGCAAAAACUGGAGCUUUCAGGGUAGAUGCCAUUUAAAUUGCAAAGGUGGCAUCUUGUGUACAAAAUUGUCUUGUAUGUGUGUAUAUAUAUGAAGUUCAACUACUGUAUAGGAGUGCUGUGUAAAUUGUAUAAUUACAUCCUUAUAUACACAACAGCCCACAUCCUAAGUGAAACGUGGGAUUUUGUCUCUUAGAAGUGCUUGUUUAUGUCUUCAAGGACUUGACUCAACCUAGAAAGCAAAAUGAUUUUGUAUACAUGUGAAAGAAAUAUACUUUUAAAAAAUCUAUUUAUGUGCAAAGAAGCUCCUUGUAUGUUUUUGUCCAGUGUCAUCAACUCCUUAUGUAUAUAUGAUCAAAUGUGUACCCUUAUUCCAUAUUUGUAAAUCUGUUUUUCUUGUCAUAGACUAAAUCCUAAAAAAAAAAAAAAACAAAACAAAACAAAGAGCCCAUAAAAAAAAGCCCCCACAAUCAUAAAACUUGCUUUUCUGGUUCUGAUCUAAUCUAGUAAAAGCUGUGGCUGAUUCAGCUGAGGAUGUUUUUGGUAUCUAGUAUGUAGUAAUGUCAUUCUGGAAACUACAAAAUUGUUUAUAAUAAAGAUUCCAAUAAAAUA